AAGAAGAAAGAAAAAAAGAAUCACUAUAAAGUAAAAACCUUUCAGAACCCUACUCCCCUCCUCGACGCAGCCGCCGUUACCAUCUCCUCCUUCCCUCUCACUCUUCCAUUGAAGAAGGCUGUGAUUGUGAGACUCUCUCUACCGAAGAAUGGACUCCACUGUGAAGCAUGCUGUGGUUGUGAAAGUUAUGGGUCGGACUGGAUCUCGUGGGCAGGUGACUCAAGUAAGAGUCAAAUUUUUGGAUGACCAGAAUCGGUUCAUCAUGAGGAACGUGAAGGGACCAGUGAGGGAGGGGGAUAUCCUUACCUUGCUCGAGUCUGAGAGGGAAGCUAGAAGGUUGCGUUGAUCGGAGAUGGUCUCGUUUGUUGAUGCUUGAACUUCAAAGUUUUGGUUACUUGCAAGCAACUGUUAAUUACUUUUUAAGUUUAUUAGUAGCAUCGUAGACUUGAUUGUUGUGAUGAGAUUUCUUUGUGGAAUCUUUCGGAACUUCUAUGUAGGUUUUGUUUGAACAGUAACAAAUAUUCCUGCUUGCUGUGUCAAACCUUUGCUCUC